AUGUCCCCGCCAAACUAUGAUAGCUUCCAGUCGGUGUUGAGGAUAAACGAUCGGUUGAGCGAUAUGUAUGGAACGUACGUGUGUAGAUCAACGAUAUAUGUUUGCUCGUUGUUCCCUCUGCGACCAUUCGGCCCCGACGCCUCAUCCACGCUCUAUCAACUGGUGCUCUACCCCAGUGACACACUCACCGGAGACUACACACAGCCUAUCAACCUCACCAUCACCAAUCACGAUCGCACGGCCAACAUCAUCUUCCCUCCUUUGACCAACAACACUGUCUCUCUUACCAAGAACUUCACAUUGUGGACGCUCAAUGAGAAGACUGGUCUGGUCAAGACUCGACCCAACUCAAACUUUGGCAUGAUAGUCAACUCGCAGCCUGGCGCCACCUACUUCCUCCAUCCCAACUCGUCAUUUAAUGCAGAACUCCAGGUCUACUUCAGGAGUAUCAAACCAGUUUCCAACUCGCCCGAUGGCACGGUUCAGACCCUUGCACUGGCCUCAAUCGACUUUCCCAGGAUGGGCCUGUUCGAGGUGUUUACCUCCCCAUUAAGUUUCCCCCAGGCCGCAACAUCAGCAAACAAGCCUCUCGAUAACUUUGCUCUGACCAAAGACGUACAGGUCUUCCCCGGUGGUAAAAUGUUUGGAUCAACAUUCAAUUUGCCAAGUUACCGUUCGUGUAGCUAUGGUUAUCCGGGUGUCCGAGAUGGCGAGGACGAUCGCCUUACCUAUCCAUUUGGAGUUACUGGUGUGAAUGCCAAUGGCAACAUCACCAUGUCCAUGGCAUUCUAUGUAACUGGCUUCAUCAGCAAUGGGCUCACAUCAACACUUCAAUGCUAUUUCGCCGAUGUCCACAUCCCUCUCCCCACACCACUUAACACAUCUGACUCAUCAUCAUCUGUGAUUGAAUCAUUCUCAAUUUUGCCACUUGGUGGCUACAGGUUCUUACUGCGAACGACUGUUAGUGAUAAUAUGGCUGGCAUGUCAAAGAUGAUGAUUAUAUUCUCAUCUGGUGAUAUAUAUAAUGUGGACAUUCGCGAUAUUUAUAAAGGCAACGCACAAUAUGGUUACUACGAGAAGCUUUUGAAUCUCAACUUCCAACCUGGUGAUGAGAUCAAGUUUGACAUCAAAUUGUUGGACUUGGCCGGCCUGGAACCAACCUUUGAUGUUGGCUACGACUCAGUCAUGAUCAGGCCAGUGGGAAUCAACACGGCCAACUAUGCCCUUGGAGCCGAAGACUUGACGACGUUCUAUUUUGAAAAGUAUGUGAUGGACGUGAGCUCAGCUCCCAUGACCAAUAGGUUGUUCAUCGGCUCGCCAAAGAUCAUGCCCUCCUGGAAGGUGUCCAUCAUUUAUGGAGCGAGGGAGGAGAAUCCAUACUAUCAGGCCGAUGCCAUAUAUGAUGUGAACCUCGGACUCUUUGUCAUCCCAUUCACCGUGCCAGCUCGUACAAUGACCCGCCAAAUGCAGUUCUACAUCAGAGUGAUGCUCCCUCGCGGAAGCUUAUUUAGUCUCGCCAACGAGGAAGUACUUGGCACCCUCAUCAUUGAUGGCGCACUGAUCCAGGUUCAGUUCCCCAACACAUCAGUUGUCAAUAUCAAGUCAACAUAUGGUGAUGAGAUGCCACCCAUGAUCACGAGCUGUACAGCUCAUCCGGCGACUUCAUUGGACCUGUCAUUGAUCGGUGGAAAUAGUACUAUUGGCUGGAACAUCACAAUUGAGGACAGUGUCAAUGGAUUCUCACAUGGAGUGAUCAAUGUCGUCAGUAACCUCGAUGGUGAGCCUCGCAGAUUCGAGUUCACCGCAGCCAACAGGACAAGUGGCGACGAGAAGAAGGGCACCUACCAGAUCUGGUUCAAUGUGAACUCCAACUUCCGCACACAGACCUUCACAUUCCUGGACAUUGAACUGUUUGACACUUCCAUGAACCGUGCCUCCUACGUCUCCUAUGAGCAGCUGACAAAGGUUGUGUCGCCACUCGCCAACAUUAUGAUAACACUCCUUACUUUUCAAUUCAACAUCUUGUUGAUAACCAAUUUAAAUGACAUCACACCUCCAGCUCUGGAGAGCUUUGAAUUACUCACGCCAUCAGUGGAUGUUGGAACAUAUAACCGAGAGGUUAGGGUCACAUUCUCAGUGCGCGAGUCUGGAAGUGGAUACAGUACUCGUCACAUGCCCUACGUGUAUAUCACCGGAUACGUGUUUGAGACCUUCAGGAUGCAGGCCUCAUCAAUCUCUCAAGUAGGCGAUGUCUAUACAUUCAAUGCCACGGGCACACUGCCAUACGCAUUUGCAGCAAUGACUAGUGGACCCCAGGUCAACGGCCCAUCAGUUGCCUUUGUGUCAAUAUACGGCCUCGUGGACAACAGCCAGAACUUCAUUGGAUAUAGGACUGACGAGUUUCCAAUUAGUCCUUCGAUCAAGACUGCCAUCCUGGGUAUCACUUACACUCACCUCACACCAAUCAUCGAUGACUACACUCUCAACAAUGGAGUGAUCACUCUUGUUGGCAAGAACUUUGGAGAGGGUGCAUCAUUGGUGGACACGACUCGCAUCCCCAACCCGAUCGCCAACUUCACGAUGACCUUUGGCUCAGUGGUCAUUGCCAUGUUCAAGAUAACAAUGGCACCCGUUGAUCAUGUGCCCGUGGCAAUGUCGAUACAACUGAGGAACCAAAAAAGCAACUCAACCUACUUCUCCAACACAAUCCAGAUUCAAUACACUCCGCCACCCCCUGUCAUCCCUACAGUCAAGUGUCCAGGCACGCCAGUCUGCUCCAACAACGGAGUAUGCUCAACCUCAUUUGGAUGUCAAUGCACCGGUACAUGGUAUGGAGAUGAUUGCUCAUCACAGGCUGUACCCAAUGUACCAGUGAUCAAUGUUGACACACCAACAACAGUGUACACAUUCAAUACGAGUGCUGGCAUGAUGAUUGUUGGUGAGAUAGAGAUUGUGAGAUUGAAGGUGUUGGAUCAACUUGGCGCAGAGUUGGCAUCAUACCCAUUGACUCGAUGGAAUACUUCGAUCAUAUCCAAUCAGUCAUUUAACUAUAUGGCUCAAUUUGGAAAUGUUGACAAUGUUGGAACGAUCAAGGUGAACGUGCGAUGGUUCACAGAGGACGAGGACAUUAGGUUCGCAGGCGAUGUGCUCCCAAUGAAGAAGAACACAAUCAAGUACACAAUCACACUGGCCAACUAUACAUUCCCAAGCCUACUCAACUCGAUGCAAGUUGUGAUGCGAGCCACCAUCAACACGACCGACACCAACUCAUGUUCUGCUCAACAAUAUGGAUAUGUGGACGGCGCUGCUGAUAACCUGUUCUGGAUGCGUGUCAAGGUGCAGAGUUACAGUGUCUACGGUCACUUUAUCCAAAAGGCAAUGGUCGAUGGUCGAGUGUCAGUAGUGUCCAACGUGCUGAUCAAUGAUACAGAGACAACAGUCAACAACACACAGUCCUCUCAGACACUGAUUGGCAUCAAUGUUCCAGGCUUCACUCAACAAGCUAUAAUGGAUCCUGACUUCUUGUUGUUGCUGGAUAUCGAUGAUGCCAAGAACAUUGAUGGCGCCACGUGUUCUCCAUCUGGAUCAUCGUCAUCAUCAAGCAAGCUGUCACCACUUGCCAUCGCUGGCAUUGCCGUCCUCUGUGUGGCCGUUGUUGUUGCUGUUGGAGUUGGAGUUGCCUUUAGAAUGAAGGCCAUCAAAAGGCAUAGAAUGGAACUGAACCGCAUCAAAGUGAGGCUGUCAGAGAUGAAAGCCCAGUGA